AUGAGACGACAGGUACCCAACAUUGUUCCAGUUUCACGUCAGCAUAUCAACCCCUUUCCCCAUCCAGCUUGUGUCUACACUAACCUCCCACCACACCCUCCAGACCGACACGACACCUUGCCCAGUGAAGAGAACUCUGAGGGCAUUCUCCUGCGCGUCAGCGCAGAAACCUUGGCAGAGGACCUCCCACGCCGGGACCCCACCACGACUAGCGAGGGCGGCGAAGGAUGA